GCCCAGUCUCCCGGGCUUUCCUGGCGUGGGUGAGACCCGAGAGCUCCUGCGGGGUUGAGUGGCUAAAUCGGCGUCUGCCUGGCAUCCACCGGCCGAGGUCCGACAGGGAACCGGGAGCGCGACCCCGGGAGCGCACGGCGCGGGACGGUCCACUGUCAGCCGGCUCCAUGCUGACCCAAAAGCCUCAGAAAAUGAGCCGAUCGCAGGUUCUGGUGGCAGUGAGCAUGCACGGGCUUGGCCGGCAGGAGGCGCUGCGGGUGGGAGCGGGCACCAGGCGACCCCGCACACAUGUCCCACUUGGUGUCUCACUGCCGUUGCAGGGGCCCGUGUUGUUCAAGGACGUGGCCGUGGGCUUCACACAGCAGGAGUGGCAGCAGCUGGAGCCGGUGCAGAGGAGGACAUACCGGGAGGUGAUGCUGGAGAACUACAACCACCUCGUGGCCAUGGGCGGUGACCUCUCCAAGCCACGCGUGAUCGUGAAGUUGGAGCUGGGAGAGGAGCCCUGGCUGGUGGACAGCGAGCUUCCCUGUCUGAGUCCUUUGGCUACCUGGCCAACGACAUGGAAGAGGACAACGAGGCCCCCAAGCAGGCCAUCUUCGCAUUCCUCUACGGCAAGAACUACACUCAACAGCCCUUCUUGGACAAAAGCACCUGCAGUUCAUGCGCUGCAUGUGCUGGAAGGCCAGGGUCACCCUGGAGGAGUGUGA